AAACAUUGGCAUCAUACUCGCAAUAGAAACAGAGACACUGCGACCAAAACAUCUGAAGACUGAGCAUGAGAGUGUCCUCUGAAGCUUCAUAGAGAGUUCAAAACGUAGUAGCUAACCAUUGUUGCUAAAUUUACUAACAUGGCGGAGAAAAAACCCAGAGAGAUAAAGCUUCUAUGCCCUUCACUCUCAAAGGUGACUACUCAACUCGUUGUCUCUGAUGAACAGAGAAUCGACCUUGGAGCCAUAGCUCGAGCAUUUGGGCUUGACGCGUCGACAAUGAGGUUGAAUGGCCACUUUAUCAGUAGAGGGGUGGACCUAGUUUCUUCCUCUGUGACUUGGAAGUCUCUGCUUUCUUUCUUCUCUGCUAGAGGGUUGUCCACUGGAAAAAACAACCGGGAUGCUCUUGUUGUUACUGGGAAGUUCUGUAAAGUUGGGAAUAAACGUGGACAUGACUCUCAAGAUUAUCAAUGUGGGACCAGCAAAGUAACAGAAGAUGAGCAUGCUUGUAGUAGUAGAGGGAUUCAACUGGAAGCUAUCAACUUGCUCAAGAAUAAAAAGUUGAGACAGAGCAACUUAGGUGAGAUUCUGAAUGGCCUAAGCUGCAAAAGGAAACAACUUUUUGAAGAUGCCAACCUACUAAAUUUCAAGAAGCUAAAAGUUAAUGAUGAGAAGUCAGGUAUUCGAGAUAAAGUCGAUGACCUCCCUCGCAGCAUUUCACCCAGCCAGAUUACAUGCAAUUACAUGAGCAAGAAUUUGAAGCGGAUAAGAGAAGAUGAGGCAAUUGUAGCAGCUAAUUACAAAAGGAUUAGAUAAUAAAAACUCGUAGAGAAGAAAAAUGUAGUUUGUGCUUUUUUUUCAUGGUUGAGUAAUUGCUGUGAAUGUGUUGAUUUGUGAUACCCUGAAAAUAUCAAAGAGAUAAUAUUUAGUGUCGCAGAGGAUGUACAGGUUAAACCAUUGUGCUCUUGUCGGCUAAGAAUAUCCAGUUUCUUCGUUGAAAAAUU